GGCGCUGAAGAAGGAUUUAUCUCCGUUAGUUGUGCACCAUGUUUAGCAAAUGGUAAACCUCUACCGAAUGAUUCCUUCGUUGAGGAGCCGGGUGAUCUGCUUGAUAAGCCAUAUCACUUCAAGGUCACAAUUAGGAAUGCUGAAAUCCAUAAAGCUCGAUUUAGUAAAGGUAUACUAGUCAAGUACAAAAGUUAUGGCGAAAAAACGCACACCCAAACAGAAACCAUAAAUAAUACAUUAUCACCAGAGUAUAAUCAUACUCAUACUGUGAAUAUAUCAGUUAUUACUCGAGACCAUCUGGAUUGGUUCGAACAAGGUUACCUAACAUUUUAUGUAUAUGGUAAGCAAGAAGAUAGUGUCGCCGAUCCAAGAUUAUUAAAGAUGUCCACAAAGGAAUUACGUGAAAUGGACAGUAUUCAGGAUUUCAACAUACGUAAGGAUUUAGUAAUAACACGUCAAGACAAUGAUGGUAGUGAAAUUUCUCAAUUGAAAUCUGAAAUAUUGGCUCUAAAAAGAAAGCAAACUAUCUUCCAAAAGAAAGAAAAACGCAUUCAAGAACUUUGCCUAGAAUGGGGUAAGAAACCUGUCGAAGAACAAAAUUUCGAAGCAUUCCAUCGAGCUGUUACUGCAGCCUCUAAUCACUAUUCUAAAAAAUUUAAAGCUACAGUGACGAUACUCUCUACGAUAAUUCAAGGUCAGAAAUUGGCCAGACAAUCUCAAGACUUUGGUUCUACUGCGAGUGCUGGAAGCGAUGUUAAAAACAGCAAAGCCUGUAAUAUUCAAUAA